UCUUGAAGCUGGGUGUAAAGGUAAAAGGUCAUGUUAUAACGUGACGGGUGUAUGUGGUGCCUGGACCCAAAGUCCAAAUUUUAGCCGGCAUUCAACAGAAAUACUUUGGGCAAGAUAUGGCCAAAAAACGGAGAGAUCGGCGAGAGGCAGGGGUAGUGCCUUUAGCACAUGAAGAGCAACAUGAGAAGCUUGAGGAAGUGAAUUCAACGAAAGACACACCAAGUGCUCCAGGGGGUUCAGCUCGCAUGUCUCUUCUAAUCUUGCUAUCUAUAUUUACAUGUUCUGCCUCAAUCAUGUACCUAGUGUACAGUUACUUCCCAGAGCUGAAUGACGAUGAAAUGGAGAAAAUCAAGAUUCCCAAAGACAUGGAGGACGCGAAAGCAUUAGGCACUGUGCUGUCCAAAUACAAGGACACCUACUACACUGAGGUUUUGAUGGCCUACUUCACCACCUAUAUCUUCCUUCAGACUUUUGCCAUCCCAGGAUCAAUCUUUCUCAGUAUCCUGUCAGGGUAUCUCUAUCCUUUUCCUCUGGCACUAUUCCUGGUCUGCUUGUGCUCUGGACUGGGGGCCUCCUUCUGUUAUAUGUUGUCCUAUCUUGUGGGCAGACCAGUGGUCUACAGAUAUCUUUCAGAGAGAGCUAAGAAAUGGUCUCAACAGGUUGACAAGCACAGAAAACAUUUGAUCAAUUACAUCAUAUUCCUGAGGAUAACCCCUUUCCUACCAAACUGGUUCAUCAACAUCACCUCGCCUGUCAUCAAUGUACCCUUGGGUGUUUUCUUCCUUGGUACAUUCCUUGGGGUGGCACCACCAUCAUUUGUCGCAAUCAACGCCGGUACCACCCUGUACAAACUAACUACUGCUGGCGAGGCCGUGUCUUGGAACUCUCUGGCGGUUCUGGGGGUGCUGGCCGUGCUCUCCAUAUUGCCCGUCUGCUUCCAGAAGAAACUGCAGGAGAAGCUAGAGUAGAGCAUCUUCGGAUGCUCUACAUCGUUCAGAUCGCCCGCCUGAUUGCCAGAAACAGCACUCUGAGAAGUCCCUCAAGUUGCUGCCUCCGCCCUCACUCUCCUCAGUCUGCUGGGAGGUACAACUCGAUAUCUCUGGCACAAAGAGCACUCCUGAAAACUGCAUGCCGUUAUGGGUUCCUCGUGACUUAGGCUCAAGAACCCCAAGCUUGUGCUUGCUUUUGUUUAUGUCUUUAUAUUUGAAAUUGUGGCACAUCCUUAAACACAUUUGUUUUUUUUGAGUUGAAGCAUUAUUUGUUAUAAAAGGGUUUUCAAGUAGCAAUAUCCUUACACUUGGAUACGGGAUCCCAGUGCACGGGUAUUGCAGUUGUCAAGGGCUCUACUGCCUUACUUUGUGUGUAACCAUCUGUUGGAAUACCUCUUCAUUCUGCGGGAAUGGAUUUUAUUGAUUUUAAAUAAAAGAUGAAAGGGACUUGAUACACAAUUCAAGGUUGAUACAAUUGUUUCAAUGUUUGAAAGAAAAUAUUUUGGCAGCAACAUAAGAAGGAUAUUUAGGUAUUUGGUAUCCACGCAACACUCCCUUCAAACUGCCAAUGACAUGUCAAUAUUAUUUCAUGGCAUCUUAGCCAACGUAUCCUCAGAAGCAAUAAUUGGCACACUUCUUUGAAAUGUCAUUUUUAGUUGAAGAAAAGUGUUUGCAAUGCAAGUUUUAACUUUUAUUUAUUUAAGUCUUUAGUUUUCAGUUUAGUUUUAUGGUCCAGCAAAGCAUUUUUUUUGGGGGGUUCAACUGUAGAUUGUUUCAUUAGAUACCCUUUAGAUUAAUAUUUUAUUUACUCAGAAGAAAGUCUCGUAGCCAAUUUCAAAUACACUUGCAGAUCUUUUAUAUUUAUAGCCUUUUCUUUACCCGCAGCAGUGGGGCGACUAAAAACACUCCCACACACCAAGACUUGCAUAAGUUAUGUAUCUCAUUACAUCUACAACUUUGAGCGGUCAAAGCAUAUCUAAACUGGGGAUCUUGAGAUGCACUCCACUCUGGAAUAGCUGAAUUCAAAAUGGUGCACAGUGUGGUAAAAAAACAAAACAAUUCAAUAGCUAUGACUCUUGCAUGAUACUGGAAUUAAACUUUGCUGUUUAACAUUAUACAAAUGGUGUGUGUGGUGGAUGAGUAGAUUUCUUAAGCAUGAUCGGGAUUUGUGAUGUAUCCAAGCCAUGCCAUGCCUUGAUUUGUCUGUCUACUAACUUAAGUGUUGUAUGUAUCAGAUGUUGAGAAUUCUUAACUUUUAUUUUCCUUGCUGGUCAACUUCUAGAUUGUAUGCUAAAUAUGUAUUUCUCAAUGAUCAAAGGGGAUCACUGGAGCUGAUGCAGAUAUUUAAAUAUUUACUUGAUAUUUGAUGACUCAACAUUUACAUUGGUAGAUUACUAUGUUUAUGUGUUGAUUUUCAAAUUCUGUUUUCAAUCAGAAGAUUUUUCUUUCUUAUUUAUUUGCUAAAAUUUUGAUUUAAAUUCAUGUUCCUGUAUUAACACUCAUACAAUAUUUGUACCUCAGGCAUUUUUUUAUCAUAUGGAAAGUAUAUUUGAAAGGUAGCUUCUUGCAUAAAUGCAUGGGAUAUUACUUUUCACAUAUUCAAUCACACAUACAUACUUGUUUUUACACUUAAUGUCCAUCCUUCUAAACAUUUACUUUUGCAGCUGAUUACUGUGACAAAUUGACUUGUACACACGAUUUUAUUUUUUAAUUAUAUUAAGUAUUUAUAUUCAAAUUGCAAAAUAAUAAACAUUCAUGUACAAGGGAAUACUUGCCCUAACAAUGCUGAACAGAA